AAAAGCAAUAAAAUUCUUGUUUAGGGUAACACUUGUGUUUUAAUGAAUUUUUAUCAUAUAAUCUGCAAGAAGACUUGAGCUUUCUUUUUAUUUGUUAUGGAGCAAGCAUUUAUCCACCGAAACACUCCAGCUGUUCGGAGACCACCAGAGCGACAUCAGAAUGACCAGAUGGCUGCAGCAGCACUUCUUCAGGAUAUAGAUAAUGGAACAGGAGCUGUUCAUUGGUAUUCUGCCCAACGAAGAAUGGAGGAAGGCCGUAUUGGUUCGGAAGAACAUCGUGUGCGCCCCAAGUGCUCCGUAAGAUGCGUGGUUGAAAUGGCUGUGUGGCUUCCUGUGAUGAUGAUACAAACAUCUUCUGUGUUGAUGGGUUCAAAUUAUUACAACCAGUGCCCCAGGUUACAGAUUUUACCAUUAAUCCUAAUAAUCAUGGGAGUUAUUGGUAUAGUUUUUAUGAUCUACGUUUUGUUUAAUUUUGGCGAAGAGAAUUCUUAUGGUUUAAAAGGGAAGGCACGAAAACGCAUUAAAGCAUUUUGUAUCACUUGCAUGAUUUUUUGGAUACCAGAAACGGUUCAAUACUUCAUACCAGUUUCAUUCGAUCCUGCAUCGGCAGAAUAUUGCAAUGUGGUACUUUAUGCCUAUGGUAUUUUCUGGAAUGCAUUUACAAUCUUCUUAGCAGCUACAGGAAUUCUUUUAUUGAUCUUCAUUCCCGAAAGACCAGUUUAUCUACCAACCCCAAGAGACACUCUGGAGUUUCAACAAAGGGUGGGCAUGCUACGGAACAAUAACAAUUAUAUUAAUGACACUCACUUGUAAAAGUGGAACUUUUUAUUGUAUUUAAAUGACGUAAAUAAAUAUUUGUUUUUAUUCCUGA